UUGACCUUCCUGCUCGUAUGACGACACAUCAAAACAAUAACAUUUGACAGCGGUGACGCGGACUUUGCUUUCGAAUAACAUUAUUGGAAAUGAGAGAAUAAAACGAUCAAAAGAAUGAAUACGGCUCUGAGACACUGGAAGGAGGCCGCGACGGUCAUACUAGCUGCUGGUACGAGACAUAAAGUCACUGUAGAUAGUUUGACAAGGUGUGUCGGUAAAGGCCCCUCUGCGGUCAGUGGGCACUCCAGCUUGCCUGACAAGUUAGCCUUCGACUAUAACGUGUUGUUGCUGAAACGAAGCGGUACAAGUGGCUUCAUGCCGAACGCUUACGUCUUUCCCGGCGGUCUGGUGGAUUCGUCGGAUUUCUCAAGUGAAUGGCUUGAUCUUUUUAAAUCUUUUCGGCGCUCACCGAAUUUUGGACUCGGAUUUGUGAAGCAGCCGCCAGAGACGAGACCUCCGAUCUUCGCCACCGACAGAAAGAAACUGGGUUCUCCCAUUCCAGGUGACGUCGCAUUUCGCAUCUGUGCGGUGAGGGAAACUUUCGAGGAGUCGGGAGUACUUCUAGUCGUGCCGAAAGAAGAAGAGAGUACUUUACUUAACGGCAUCGAGAACAAGAGAGACAGUCAGCCCGAAUUAACCAGAAUAGCCGAUGUCUGUGACGAGAGUGAAUUGGCUAAAUGGAGAGUGCUGGUAAACGAGAACCCCUGUAACUUCAUCAGAAUGUGCAGGGAGCUGGAGUGUCUACCCAACAUCUGGGCUCUGCAUGAAUGGGGUAACUGGCUGACCCCUACUGGCGUGUAUGGAAAACAGCGGAGGUACGACACAGCCUUCUACAUUUGCUGUUUGCAAGAAACACCACCUCACACCCUACAAGACGAGAAGGAAAUUGUGCACUUUAAGUGGUCCACCCCCUCAGAGAUCCUCCACAGCUACCAAGCCAGAGAGAUGUGGAUAGCCCCACCACAGUUCUAUGAUCUCAGCCGUAUGUGCCGGUUCCCCUCCCUGCAGGACCUCCACAGCUUCUCCAGACGGAGAGCGUCAGAGGGCUGUGAACAGUGGCUCCCUAUCCGCAUGGUGUCAGACAACUACUACAUAUCACUCCUCCCAGGUUAGGGUUUAGGUUUACAUUAAGGUCAUUUAGCAGACACUCUUAUUCAGAGGAACUUACAGUCAGUUCUCUCAACUUAACGUAGCUCGGAAAGACAACCACAUAUCACAGUCAGUUCUCUCAACUUAACAUAGCUCGGAAAGACAACCACAUAUCACAGUCAGUUCUCUCAACUUAACGUAGCUCGGAAAGACAACCACAUAUCACAGUCAGUUCUCUCAACUUAACGUAGCUCGGAAAGACAACCACAUAUCACAGUCAUUGUACUUCAACUCUCCUCAAUAAAGCAGCUGUCAGAGAAAUGAGUGCUAGUAAGAAAAGUAGAGUGUUGUAACAAAUGAGAUGUUCUGUAUAACUGAUGCCCCGCUUCACAUUUCUGUCUCAAAAAAUCAACAACAAAAAAAAUCGGAAAUAAAAUUGAGUGACUUAUUUGAUUCAUUUGAAUAGAUUCUAUUAAAUGAUUAUUUCUAACUAAUUGACUUCGCCAUUGAAGUGGUUGGGAAAAUAAUAUUUUGUGAAUCGCUAACAGUGAAAUAAAAAACGUAGUAGCCUUUCUUUUGGAUUAUGUCGCUACAAAUCCAAGAUGGCGUAGCAGUGCGGUCGCGUUCUUUGUUGUGUGUCCGUG